UGUUUCACAGAGUACUUUUUAAUAUUAAAUCAAAACAAUAACUAUAGAAUGGGAUUACCCGUAAAGUUUUGAAGAAAUUUAUAAAAUGGUGAACUACCAACAAAUUCUCAAUCAAUUGUAAUUUUCAAACUUACAUAGACCUUUUUUACAGUGAAAUACUUAGUUAAGUCUCAACAUUUUUAAUGCAAUGUUUGGUUUGGUUGAACACUUGUCAUAAUUUUCAAACAUUGUAAUUUGAAGACAAUUAGGUAAUUCUAAGAAUAAAGCUUAUAAUUUGUUUUAUGAAAUAUUGGAAAAAUGGAUGUAAGUGAAACGAAGAUGUGCGGAAACUGCAAACGGGAUAUACCAGCAGUGAACUUCACAAUUCAUACUGUACACUGUGCAAGGAAUAUUGGCAUGUGCCCUGUCUGCAAGGAACCGUUUCCGCAUUCUGAGCUGCAAGAACAUCAUGAGAAGAUGCAUAAACUAUUGCCUUGUAAGCAGUGUGGAGAAAGUGUUUGUGGCACAGAUUUGGAGGAUCACAUCAGGGACUCCUGUGCGCAUACAAUGCAAACAUGCAGAUACUGUAACUUGGAUGUCCGUCGCCGUGAGAUGCCCGCUCAUGAACGAUACUGCGGUGCACGCACGGAACAAUGUGAGGAGUGCGGUGAAUGGGUUAUGUUGAGGUACCGCCGAUUGCACACUGAAUCCAACCAUGGAUUUAUACGAUUGGAUGAUGAUCCACUACCAUUUAGACGAGACAUACCAAAAAAGGUUAUAAACGACUGGCCACAAACAAACGGAAUAAAGAAACUAAGCACCAACAAUGGGUUGAAUCGCAUGCCAGAACUACGUGAUAUACAACCAAGUACUUCAAAACCAAUUGUUGCCAAUGUGCCGGUCAAUGCUUGUAAGGAGAAUAUGGAACCGAGGCCGUCUAGUUCUACGAACGGUGCAGUCCCAAAACCAAAGAGAACUAAUGAUCAGCCACAGAUUAAUGCAGCAAAUAAAGUUAAGAAUGUGAAUGCUUCUCGGGGUGCGAUAAAGAAGCGCCCUGCCCCAAAACCUCCGGCAAUCGCCCCAAAUCCAGACCCUAAGCGUGACUUGGCCCUUACACGCGCUCUUCAAAGACAACAAGAAGAGGAAAAAGACCGCAGAGAAAGAAGCGAGCAGAAUCUAGCACGCGGAUUGCCUCCAAUACUAAAUCCGUUAGAAAAACUGGAGAAAUUGAGGAAAAUGGACGCUCUUCAGAAUAGAGAAAUAGAAGACCAGAGCUAUAAGGACAAGUUGAAUGGACGCGUCUGGAUGAGCAGGGAUGUUCCGAUCGGAAAUUUGCUGGGGGCAGGACCUAGUGAAUCGCCUAACAACUUGGAAACAGAGAGACGUCGUAAUUUGCCCUUACAAAAAGGAAAUUUAGAAGGACAGAAUAUAAAACUCAAAAACCUGAAGCCUAUGACCGAAGAAGAGUUUAUAGAGAGAUUCAAUUAUUUGCAUAUGAAAGAGCCCCCUAGUCCCAGAGAGGACCGGUUUAGUCAGAUCAAGUCGUCCCUUAGGGAACUUAGGCGGGGUUUGAAUGAGGUAACGGCGCCUUAUAAUGCAAAUUCUUAUGUGGAUUUGAAUCAGAACCGCAAUACGCCCUCUCCAGACAAUGAAGUGAAGUUGCCUUGCGAAUUUUGUGGAGCACCAGUGGCUGCUGAUAUUCUAGUGCAGCAUCAGACCGGGUGUCGUCCGGACCUGGCACGCGUAGACAUUCGUAAAGCUAGAGGGUUAUCUCCGUCCUAUAGCCCCAUGUCCCCUCCAGCAUCACCCCCACAUGGAGCAGUGAUUCCUUGCGAAUUUUGCGCGCAAUCACUGCCUGUGUACCUCAUCAGUGAGCACCAGGAACGCUGCGGACGUGAAUCGAAUUUACUAUUUGCGGAUUAAAUAUGCCAAUAUAGUUUAUUUAUUUUUUUAUACGUCACAAAUUUAUUUUUUUCUUGCAAAUCAUAUAUCUUGUAGAAAAUAGAUUUUCACAUUUGAAACUUCUGUAUAACCAAAUGUGAGAAAGAAUGUUAUUAGUAAGAAUUAUUAUAGAUUUAAGAUUGUUACUUAAAUUAAUUGUUAAGUUAGCUUGAAGCACACAUUAUGAAUGAAAUUCUCAAUUUAAAAGGUUGGCUGGUUUUCAUAUUGUUAAAGUUUUGUCGUAGUAGGAUCUCAAUAGGCAUGUGCAGAUGUGCGAAACAGGGUAUCGCCCAAUUUUGAACUAAACUUUGUUAUUAUAUGUAGCUUACAAAGAGGGCUGCAGUUCUGCCAUAUGUCAAAUGUGCCAUUUUUGAAGCUCUCUUGGCAAAACUAAGAUUUUAAUAUGUCCAACUGAUACAGCCUAUAUAGGAUUGUUUAGGUGUUGGUGAUAUAAUGACGUCACAUUAUUUGAUUAUAGUUUUAGCCAUAGUAAUAGAUAUAAAUUUAUAUUAGUGUUUAUAUACUAGGCAGGAUUUCAUACCCUCGGCUUUUAUAAAUAUUAUGUAUGUAUUUAAUUGUAUUUUAGACUUAAACUUUUGAAAAGUAAACUGAGCUUAAAAUAUACUACUAUCGUUGCCUUUUGACUUUCUUCUAUUAGACACAUUUCUGUUUGUGAUAUAUUUCUAAUUUAAUAAGCUUAUCGCUUUCGAGGGUAGUUUUCCACCUAUUUUCAUGAACAAUAGCAACUAAAUAAAACAGCUCAAUCAUUUGACAAUAAGCUGAGUAUUUUGCAAGACUGUCUUUGUUUCUAUAUGUGGUGUAAUAAGACUCAACGUCCAAGAAUUAUGGGAAAUGUCAAAAUCCUAAGGUACAGGAUGCAAAGCAAUGCCUUCUGUGACUGAAAUAAAUGUAGUUUACCAAAAUGCAAUCAUCUCAGUCCACACGCACUGGAUCAUAGAGUGCACAAGAAAAACUUUUGGUGGUGAGAGUUUGAAGUAAAAGAAACAACGUUGCGUUCGCUUGUAAUUGGAGACAAGGAAGUAAUCGUGACACAAGUCAUCUUGUCACGUAUUGGACAAUUAAGCGGAGCGCCAAUCGUUUCAUCCCUCUCUUUGCUUUUCAUUCCUCCUCUGAAGUUUUUGACACAAUUUGGGGUGCUAAAAGACUCUAAGUCUCCUAACUGAAUUCAAAAAUUCUUGGAUAACAGAUGGCUAAUCAUCCAACCUAAUACAUGGAUUGCAGUCUCUACGACAUUUAUUUUGUUUUAACAGGAAAUAUAAUGUACGGAAUUUUUGUGUAGAUUGUUAAGUGCCAAACGUAAACCUUGUUUUAAGAAAUAUCUAAAUGUAAUGAGGUGUUUUUAUAAUAAAGGAUGCAAGUGCAAGUUUAUAAGCCGAAAUACAUAGGUAAUGGGCGCUCAUUUGGUGAGUGUCAACAGCAUGAUCCGUUUGACAAAUUUAAUAACAAUGACAGCGCGCAAUUUAACAAGGGUCUACCCAAUUUCUAAGAGGUUCUUCCUAAUAGCCACAACUAGAUAAUUUAAAGUAUAUCCUUAAAUUAAGUAUAUUUUUAUAAAAGUAUGUGAAUGUUUGUUGUUUUUAGGGAUGCAUCGAUACGCUUUUUUGCCGAUACUCAUAUCAGAAAUAUCGCCGAUACCGAUAACAACGCUUUAUGAAUCAAAAAUAAAUUACGGUAAAAUAUAUCAAGUUUGGUUUAAAGUUUUUAAUUUUUAUUAUUAAAUGUAAACACUCACAAUCUUUGAAUAAGAUUAAAGUUUUGUUUUUCAAAUUCAGAAUUAGGUGUAAAUAAUUAAAUGAAAAUAAAUAACUGUUAAUAAUCAAAAUUAACAUUGAUAAGAUUUUUGUAAUUCUGUAUUUUAUUUAAUCUGGUAUCGAAAAAAUACUACGCGCGAUAGCAGUUAAAAGCCAACUGAAGUGUGUAGCGAAAAAGAAAAAGCGAGGGCAAAGUGGGUGAGAGGUAAACAGGAUGCGCGUUUAUAUUUUUUUUAAAGCGCGAAAUUCCAAAAGUAUCGUUGUAGGGGAACUUAAAAUAUCGCCGAUACCGAUAUAUCGCCAAGAAUAAAGUAUCACCGAUAUAUAAGUAUCGAAUGCAUCCCUAGUUGUUUUUUUAAGAUUUUAUAUCAAUCAAAAUUUAGUUAAUAAUUUUAUGCAAUUUAAUUUAAUUCGUUAUUUCUGUGUUAUCCAUAUCUAUAUUCUUAAAUCAAGUUUUAAAUUUCUUUGUAAGUGAUGCCAAAUGAACAUUUUAAUUAAGAUAGUAGGUUUACAAAUGUUUAAAAUGAAUGUCUAUUUUAUGUACUGAAUUAAAUAAAAGUGAAUAUUA